AAUGAGGAGAAAAAUUCCAUGAAUUCCAGAUGAAUUCCAGCGUUUGCAUUGCAAUACACCUGUGUAAGCUUCAAACAAUAAUCCCUGCUAAAAGCCAAUAAGUUGACUCGAUUAUUGGCCAAGUGUCUAAUUGUUUCGUGGAGUGUGCACCGAAAAACAAACCUCCCGAGUUCAAACCAGAAAGUGGAAAGGCUUACCUAGGGUCAUAAUUAUUUGAAAUUGUGUGUCAGUAGGAGAAAUCGAUUUUAUUUUCGGGAAGCUGUAAACAACCCCUGUGCUUCAACAACCAACAUCCAGCACCAAAAAUGGCUUAUAGAUUAAAGGCCACAAAGUGUCCCACGGACGAGCUUUCCCUCACCAAUCGUGCUAUUGUGAAUGUUGGCGACUUUCCCGACGAUGUCAAGUAUGCAGACAUCUCGCCCGCCCCGGGCCAGCACUUCAUCUUCGCCCUGGAGAAGACGGUGGAGGUGCCCAGCGGCUAUGUCGGCUUCUCCCUGGUCCAGCGCAAGUGGGCCAUGGUCUCCAUCAACCAGGAGCUGGAGGUGCGUCCCUACCGCUUCGAUGCCAACUCCGAUGUCAUCACCUGUGUCUCCUUCGAAACUGAUUUCCUUCAAAAGAAAACCGUCUCCCAGGAACCGUACGACUCCGACCAAAUGGCCAAGGAGUUCAUCAUGCAGUUCGCCGGCAUGGCCCUCACCGUGGGCCAGUCGCUGGUGUUCAACUUCAAGGACAAGAAGCUCCUGGGCUUGGCCGUAAAGUCCUUGGAGGCCAUCGACCCGAAGAGCCUGGGCGAGGGCAAGGAGCCGGCGAUGCGGAAUGUGCGCUUCGGGCGCAUCCUGGGCAACACGGUGGUGCAGUUCGAGAAGGCGGAGAACAGCUCCCUGAACCUGCAGGGCAAGAGCAAGGGCAAGGUGGUGCGCCAGUCGAUCAUCAAUCCGGACUGGGACUUUGGAAAGAUGGGAAUCGGCGGCCUGGACAAGGAGUUCAACUCGAUCUUCCGGCGGGCCUUCGCCUCGCGAGUCUUCCCCCCGGAACUGGUGGAGCAGCUGGGCUGCAAGCACGUCAAGGGCAUCCUCCUGUACGGCCCGCCCGGCACCGGCAAGACCCUGAUGGCCCGCCAGAUCGGCACCAUGCUGAAUGCCCGCGAGCCGAAGAUCGUCAACGGGCCGCAGAUCCUGGACAAGUACGUGGGCGAGUCGGAGGCCAAUGUGCGCCGGCUGUUCGCCGAGGCCGAGGAGGAGGAGAAGCGGCUGGGCCCCAACAGCGGCCUGCACAUCAUCAUCUUCGACGAGAUCGACGCCAUCUGCAAGCAGCGUGGCUCCGUGGCCGGCAACAGUGGCGUCCACGACACGGUGGUCAACCAGCUGCUGACCAAGAUCGAUGGCGUCGACCAGCUGAACAACAUCCUGGUGAUCGGGAUGACCAAUCGACGGGACAUGAUCGACGAGGCUCUGCUGCGACCCGGCCGCCUCGAGGUCCAGAUGGAGAUCAGCCUGCCGAACGAGCAGGGCCGCGUCCAGAUCCUCAACAUCCACACCAAGCGGAUGCGGGACUUCAACAAGAUCAACGAGGACGUCGACUGCAAGGAGAUCGCCGCCCUCACCAAGAACUUCAGCGGCGCCGAGCUGGAGGGUCUGGUGCGUGCCGCCCAGUCCAGUGCCAUGAAUCGACUGAUCAAGGCCGACGCCAAGGUCACCGUCGAUCCCGAGGCCAUGGAGAAGCUGAAGGUGAACCGCGACGACUUCCUGCACUCCCUGGAGAACGACAUCAAGCCGGCCUUCGGCACAGCCCAGGAGAUCCUCGACAAUAUGCUCGCCCGCGGCGUCAUCAACUGGGGCACUCCCGUCAGCAAUCUUCUGGAGGACGGCAUGCUCUACGUGCAGCAGGCCAAGGCUCCCGAGUCCAGUGGCCUGGUCUCUGUCCUGGUGGCCGGGGCCCCCAACUCGGGCAAGACCGCUCUGGCCGCCCAGCUGGCCAAGAUGUCGGACUUCCCGUUCGUCAAGGUCUGCUCGCCGGAGGACAUGGUCGGCUUCACCGAGUCGGCCAAGUGCCUGCACAUCCGGAAGAUCUUCGACGACGCCUACCGCUCCACGCUCAGCUGCAUUGUGGUGGACAACGUGGAGCGGCUGUUGGACUACGGCUCCAUUGGACCGCGCUACUCCAAUAUGACGCUCCAGGCCCUGCUGGUGCUGCUCAAGAAACAGCCGCCCAAGGGCCGGAAGCUCCUCAUCCUGUGCACCUCCAGUCGUCGGGAGGUCCUGGAGGAGAUGGAGAUGCUGACGGCCUUCACUUCGGUGCUGCAUGUGCCGAAUCUAUCGCAUCCGGAACACAUCCUGGCCGUGCUCGAGCACACGGAUAUCUUUAGCAAGGGCGAGGUGCAAGCCAUCGGCAAGAAAAUGGCCGGAAAGAGGGUCUUCAUUGGCAUCAAGAAGCUACUGGGCCUCAUCGACAUGGCCCGGCAGACCGAGCCCUCCCAGCGGGCCAUCAAGUUUCUGUCCAAAAUGGAGGAGGAGGGCGGCCUCGACAUGGUGGCCCGCCAGUAGGCGCCACCCUGCGACCCAGCCACCUCCCAAUACAAUGCAAUCUCAAUUAUUAGCUUCUAAGUGCAGGAGUUGGAGGCAGAGGCACGACAAACACCGCAACCACAAUAUAUAUAAAAUGCAAGCCGAUGCAGAAUCCGAUCUAAACACUAUAUAUGGUACAUAUAUGUACGACCCAGGCUUUGCGUUGUUCGGAUUAUAUAGACAUAUAUAUAUAUAUAUGUAAUGGAAGAGGAGCUAUUUACGUAAUUCCCGUGUUUCUGAGUUCCCGUACACAGAGCACAAUCAGAUCGGAGAGAUAUAUGUGAGAUAUAGUAUGUGAGACCCGGGACCUGAAGAUUUCACAAAGAAGAAGAAAGCGCUGGAGAGCGAGAGAGCUGUUACAGAAGAUAGUCUCAAUAACCAAUAUUAGCAUGAUAUCCUUAUCGUUGACUUUAAUUUUAGGAUCCAGGAUAUCUCCUUCAGGAUCCAGGAUAUCGCUUGGCAGACACCGAAAGCCACAAGAAAACACCAAAAAAAAAAGAAAAUACGAGAAAAAAAAACCAAAGUUGUUGUUUAUCAGUGAUUACGAACGAAACUACCUAAUUAAUUAAUUAACAAAGAACAUAAAAAGAAAUUUAUUAAAUCAAAUAUUGUUAACCGCCAAUGUUAUAUAUACAUAUACGUAUAUCUUUAAAUAAAGCAAACGAUCUCGAAUUCCAUCUUAGGUGGCUCUACAUAGGCCCUGAAUAUAUUAUAUAUAUAUAUUAAUAUAAAUAAAGCAAUUAACUAAUUCAACCAACUAACUAAAGACGCUCACUAAAGCUAUAAUAAUUGUUUUUAUGUUUUUAUUUUGAAUUAUAAUACCUUUUCCUAAAAGUAAGCUUUAUAAAUAUGGCAAAAAAUGUGUUCUCUAAAUGUUUACAAAAAUAUAAAAACCCCAAUUGGCAAUUAAAAACAUAA